ACUCUCAUUAGACACUCAGGAUUUGCACGACAUUCCUUUUCGUCCCGCAAAACGAUGAAGUUCAUAUCGCUUGCUGUGUUCGCUUUUGCUUUGGUUUCGCACACCCUGGCUGAUACAGGUGACAAGCAUGACAACGAGCCUCGUGAACCUGGAAUGCGAACAAAAAGAGGACCGCCUGGCGGUUGUUUACCAGGCCAACCAGGAUGCCACACUCCUAGUUGCCAAAAGGGGCAAUGCUGUGGUGUUCCGGGUGUCCCUGGUGUUCCAGGCGUACCUGGACAGACUGGCAGAGACGGCCAACCAGGCCGUGCUGGUGUGCCUGGGGCAAUUGGAGCUCCUGGUCAACAAGGUGAGAAAGGUGAUCGUGGUGAUUCCGCGACAUCAAACUGGAAACAAUGUACUUGGAAGGUUGCAGAUGGAAAAGACAAUGGACUAAUUCGUGAAUGCACGUUUGUUAAAAAACGAGACGAAUCUUAUCUUCGGGUUUUCUACGCUGGAAAUCUUCGCAUCUACAACUGUGAUGCUUGUUGCAAACGAUGGUAUUUCACUUUUAAUGGAGCCGAAUGCAAUGCUCCUAUUGAAGGUGUUUAUUAUAUGUGGAAAGGAAGAAACACUCAAAACCUUCACCGCCAUCGACAUAUUGAAGGUUAUUGUGGCAAUAUUCGUCAAGGCAAUAUCCGUGUUGGAUUUAAUGUUGGUAAUUGCCACGGUUAUGGAAACGCUGACGCGUAUUCCGGAUGGAAUUCUUUCUCGCGUAUUGUGAUUGAAGAAGUCCCACCUCCACAACAAUAGAUUAAAUGCUACCUGCUUUUACAUUUAUUGCUUUAUAUAGAAAUACGUUUUAAUUUCUGAAUAAUUUCUCUGUGUGAAUUUUUCUUUUUGGGAAAUUUAGAGAAUAAUCACAUAUGAAUACAAUAAUUAUACUAAGUCUACAGUGAAUAUUAUUUUGCUUAAGUAAAAAACGUGAUGGAGUAAUUCUUAUAACUCUUAAUAAAUGCACGCCAAACUUGA